AUGUUGGAUACUAAGAAUGGCCAAUUCACCGAUACUUACAAUAGAUCUGUUCUUCUCCGCGGUGUAAAUCUCGCUGAUUCAAAGAUACCGAAUGAUCAACCGACGCAGCUAUCUGAUGGCUUUUAUGAGAAUGCUGAAAAUGGCUCUGUAUCCUACACUCAACGCCCGUUCCCUGCUCACUCCCUCAAUUCGCACUCAAAUCGCCUGAAAUCCUUUGGAUACAACUGCAUUCGUUACGUAAUCACUUGGGAAUCUUUAGAACACGCUGGCCCUGGUAUCUACGACGAGAAUUUCAUUUCACACACUAUCCACACACUCCGUACUCUCAAAAGUUACGGCUUUUACGUAUACCUAGACCCUCAUCAAGACAUUUGGAGUCGCUUUGUUGGCGGUUCUGGCGCUCCGAUAUGGACUAUACACGCUUGUGGUAUGCAACCACGUCAUUUCACUUCUACCAAUGCUGCUCUCAUCCACAAUGAGUGGAUGGACGGUGCACACGACUUCCCUGAUAUGAUUUGGGCGACUAAUUACUAUAGACUCGCUGCUUAUACCAUUUUCACCCUUUUUUUCGCUGGCAAAACUUAUGCUCCUCGCUGCAUAAUUGAUGGCGUCAACAUACAAGACUACCUCCAGACACACUACUUUAACGCAUACCACCACCUAGCCAAGGCAAUACACAACGCCGGUGAUUUAGAAGACUCGUGUGUUCUCGGCUGGGACUCUAUGAACGAGCCCUCGAAUGGGCUCAUCGGAUACGCCCAUAUCGGCCAUCUCCAUCCUGAGCAAAAGGUCAAGCUUGGCACCUGCCCCACCCCAUACCAGGCUUUUCUUUUGGGCAUGGGUCACACUACAACUAUCCAAGACUGGGAUUUCUCUAGCUUGGGUCCGAAGCGAAGACACGACGUAACUGUGAGACCGGACGGUGUGACGGCGUGGUUGAGUGAAGCUGAUGAGCCAGGUGGCAAGAGUAGAUGGGGUUGGACGCGCCACCCCGAAUGGCAAUUAGGCAGGUGUAUAUGGGCGCAGCAUGGUGUAUGGGAUGAUGGUGAUGAUGGUGAUGAUGGUGGUGUUAGUAGUGGCAACGGCAGUGGCACAGGACGGAUCCUCCAACCGCACUACUUUGCACCCACAUCUUCACACACCACUUCCACGCUUUUCGUCGAUACAUUUUGGAAGGAGUUUAUGCACAAGUGGGCAGAGUGUAUUCGCUCUGCCCACCCCCGUGCCAUUCUCUGGAUAGCUCCACCCGUAUUUGAGCCACCGUGCUACUUCGACGAGGGCAUGCUGCAGCGCCGCGCGGUGCUCUCGCACCACUACUACGAUGGGCUGACGCUGAUGACCAAAGACUGGCACUGCUUCAAUGCAGAUUCAGUGGGGUUGCUUCGCGGUGUAUAUGCCUCUGUUCUCUUCGCUCUCAAGCUCGGCGAGCGCGCUAUCCGUCGCUCAUUCGCGCGGCAGUUGGGUACGCUCAAGGAGGAUGUCGCGGCCAUGUCCACGUACACCUACCCCACUAUGAUCGGCGAAAUUGGGAUUCCGUUCGAUAUGAAGAGCACUAAACCGCGCAGUGCCCCUGGCGUACGCUCGCACGAUUGGCUAUACGAUUAUUCCCACCAGAGCAAGGCGAUGGAUGUCUCGCUAGGCGCUUGCGAUGAUACUAAUUGCCUCAGUUACACCCUCUGGUCUUACGUCUCAUCAAACACUCACGAAUGGGGUGACGGAUGGAAUGGGGAGGAUUUAAGUGUGUGGAGUUUAGAUGACGUGGGUCGUAAUGCAGCUAGCAGUCGUAACACGGGUAAUAACCAUAAAGUGGGUAUCAAUCACCCUCAUGAUGACACCUCCGCACUCAUUCCCCUCGUUGAGACUAAUUCCAACUCGAACUCCAACUCUAACGCGGAUUCCUCCUCAUCCUCCGCCUCUGUCACGGCCAACACGGAUUGUUUAGACGGUUGCAGGGCUCCAGAAUCCUUCAUUCGCCCUUACUUGCAGUACACUGUCGGUGUGCCCCGAUCGAUGCACUAUUCAAUUUCACAGCGCAGGUUUGAAGCCAGAGUGGGUUGUGGGCGUGAUGAGAAGGAUGCAAGUGAUGACAGUGAUAUUAGCGAUGCAAACGAUGUUAGUGAUAGUAGUGAUGCAAACAAUUCAAACAACACACCCCAACCGAACUACUCCACUCAACUCUUCAUUCCUCGCUUCUUCUUUACUAACCCUCUCAUUCAAGUGUCAGAGGGAUCGUAUGAAAUCGUACAUGAUAAAGUGUACUGGUCGUACGACCUUUCCAACAGGCGCGACAAAUUUAUCACAGUCACUGAGUCGCCCUCUCCAACACGCCCAAACCCACCUAUCAGGUCCGUAUCACAAUCUUUCAUCGACAUACUCUCAAACAUAAUAACAAAAUUCAUCAGGUAA